CAACUACAUAUAAACAAGUAUCAUCCCAAGAGAUGUUCCUUCCUCCGACAAUACUACAUCUUUUCAACGACUUACUCCUUCCCAAUCGCGAUCAUGGAUAAAGUCAAUAGAACUAUGGGCACCGAGCUCGGACAGCAAAUCAGCCGCGAGAUUCAUCCAUCGCAGGCACAAACUGAGACGAGGGACGUUACACGGCAAAUUCACUAACGGGGACGUGACUUUUGCUUGGCAACGACUAUCUGGCUCUAUCGUUAUUGCGGAUCUCGUUACAGCAAGAUUUAUUUAAAAGCUUGCUGGAAGCUGUAGCAAGUUCGAAAUCUCGCCUUUCAUGACGUCCCCUUUCCCGCGGGCGACAACUCGCAGAUUGACGAGAGGUCUGGUUUUGACCGUUAUCGUGCUCGUGGUCGUUUUCUUUGUGAGGGAAAGUGGGCUGGGGGAGCCGAAGUUCGAGUUUAAUUAUGUACCGAUUCCUAUAAGACCAGAACGGUACCCGCUGCAGGAGAAGACGAUUCGACUUCCUCAGCAGUCGCCGCGGAAGAUACCGAAGAUUCAGCGUGCGCCGGUGGUGGAGUCGGUGGGUGAUAAGAAGUUGAGAGAGGGGAGGUUGCAGGAGGUUAAGGAUGAGUUCUUGCAUGCGUGGAGGGGGUAUAAGCAAGAUGCUUGGGGGCAUGAUGAGUUGAUGCCCAUUGCAGGCGGGUACAAGUCUCCGUUCUGUGGGUGGGCUGCUACGAUGGUGGAUGCGUUGGAUACGUUAUGGAUUAUGGGCUUGAAAGACGAAUUUGAGCUGUCCUUGGUGGAGUUGAGGAAUAUUGAUUUUACAAAUACCCAGGGGUGCCAGGUCAAUUUGUUCGAGACGACGAUUCGACAUUUGGGAGGCCUGCUUUCGGCGUUUGAUAUUAGUGGGGGCAAGUACACGAUUUUGGUGCAGAAGGCGGUUGAGCUUGCGGAGAUUCUGUUUACGGCCUUUGAUACCCCGAAUCGGAUGCCUACGCCGCAUUAUGAAUGGUCUGCAACGAAUGAGUAUGCCAACACUCAUUUGCCUAGUGGUUCUAUUGUCCUUGCUGUCCUAGGCUCCUUGUCUCUGGAGUUCACUCGUCUCUCGCAAAUUACAGGAAACGAUAAGUACUAUGAUGCUAUCCAGCGUGUAAUGGACGAGCUUGAGAAAUGGCAGGAUAAGACAGCCUUGCCUGGAAUGUGGCCUUCUAUGGUAGAUGCGACUAAAUUCAACGAGAGUUGUUUACUCGGGACACCAUGGGCGGGAAUGGACGAGCAAUUUACACUUGGAGCACUGGCCGAUUCCACAUAUGAGUACCUACCGAAGCAAUUCAUGCUGCUCGGGGGGACCAUGAGAUCCUACCGAACGAUGUACGAGAAGUUCGUGGAAGUGGCUAAGAAGUACUUGUUCUUCCGACCAAUGACCGUCACAGAGGAGGAUAUUCUUAUCUCGGGGGCAGUCUCGGUUCAAGGAGAUAAUCUACCGAGACGCACAGCUGAGCUUCAGCAUUUGACUUGCUUCUCUGGUGGUAUGCUUGCUAUUGCAGGCAAGGUCUUCAAUCGACCAGCGGACGUGGAUGAUGGUGCUAAGUUGGCAGAUGGUUGUGUUUGGGCUUACAAGAAUACCGUGACUGGAAUCAUGCCCGAAACUCUCACGGCGGUGGCUUGCGAGAACAAGACAAGCUGCAAAUGGGAUACCAAGAAGUGGUAUAAUGCGAUUGACAGAUAUGCUGAAGAGGAGAUCAUUCGUGAGCGGAUCAUGACCAACAAGCUUUCUCCAGGAUUUGCUUCCGUACAAGAUGCUCGGUAUCUUCUGAGACCCGAAGCAAUCGAAUCAGUCUUCAUCCUCUACCGUAUCACAGGCGAUACCUACUGGGCCGACAGCGGAUGGACAAUGUUUAAAUCCAUCAUGGCACACACCAAAACGAAAUUAGCACAUUCUGCCAUCCAAGAUGUGCUGAGUGCGGCUCCACCACAAGUGAAUGAGAUGGAGAGCUUCUGGCUGGCGGAAACGUUGAAGUAUUUCUAUUUGCUUUAUAGCACGUUUGAUGUGGUGAGCUUGGAUGAAUACGUAUUAAAUACGGAAGCUCAUCCAUUGAGGAGGCCGAGGUAGGGUGCUUAGGGAUUGGCUGCAUUGAUGGCGUUUGGGGUGUAUGGAUGGGGAUGGGGCAUGAUUUGCAUGGCAUUAGGUAGCAUUUGGGAAUGCGAUAUUAUUGAGAAUCUAAGAUUUAGAAUUCGUUCCGAACGUCAGAUGUUGAAAAACGUUUAUCUCCUAUCCUAGAAGAGGAGGUGGGCGAGAAAAUUGGCAGGAUUGCAGUCUGAGAGAGUGUGUCUGUAUACAACAAAAGAGGUAGUAGGUAGGUUC